UCUUGAUCCAACGAUCUAGAUUCAAUCUUAGAAUAGACAUAAAACCCGUGUCAAAUAUAGAUUAUUGUAAAUGAAUUAAAAAAGUAGAUAAUCAAAGUAACGUGAGGAACACAACUCUCCUUCACUGACAGCACAUUCUCUCGUACUAGUAUUUUCUUCAACCAUUUCAUCAAAUCUCAAUUAAACAAAAAUAGCUUAAUAAAAAGUUUCAUUUAUAUAUAAAUACAAAAUUUCUUUCUUUCUUCAUAGUUUCGUUAACUUCUUUCUCUAUAUUUUUACACCCUCAUUUCAUAACUCAAACAAAGGCUUUCUGUUAUUCUCUGUCUCUCUUUCUCUCCCAUGAAAAAUCUUUUCUACUCAGAAACUGUAGCAAUGAAAGGCACAAAGAACAAUAGCAUUUUCAUUUUCUUUCUCGUCUUCUCCCUAUUCCUCCUCUUUGGAGUCUUCAUGCACAAUGAAGACGUUAAGUCAAUAGCACAGUUCUCAUUCUCAAGGCUCAAAUUCAAAUCUCAAGAAAUCCAAGAAGAGAAAACCCAAGAACCGGUUGAUUUGAUAACCGUUGUGUUAAAGAAGAAAAAUGAGAAACAGAAGAUUGCAUUGCCUCUAGAAGAUUGUGACUUGUUUACAGGAAAAUGGGUUUUUGAUAACGUGAAACAUCCUUUAUACAAAGAAGAACAAUGUCAGUUUCUUAGUGCACAAGUUACCUGUUUGAAGAACGGAAGACGCGAUUCUCUGUAUCAAAAUUGGAGAUGGAAGCCAAGAGAUUGUUCUUUACCAAAGUUCAAACCAAGAGUUCUGCUUGAGAAACUUAGAGGGAAGAGACUUAUGUUUGUUGGAGACUCGUUGAAUCGAAACCAAUGGGAAUCAAUGAUUUGUCUGGUUCAAUCUGCUGUCCCUCAAGGCAAAAAAAGGUUGGACUUAUAUGGUGCUCUUUCUGUCUUCACAAUUGAGGAUUACAAUGCAACAGUGGAAUUCUACUGGUCACCAUUCCUUGUAGAGUCGAAUUCAGAUGAUCCAGCGGCGCACGCUAUAUUCGACCGUAUUAUCAUGCCUGAAUCGAUUGAAAAACACGGUGUGCAUUGGAAGAAUGUGGACUACCUUAUUUUUAACACCUACAUAUGGUGGAUGAAUACAGGCACCAUGAAAGUCCUGCGAGGGUCAUUCGAUGAAGGAGCCACGGAGUACGAUGAGGUUCCUCGCACAAAAGCAUAUAAGAGAGUCCUUAAGACAUGGUCAAGUUAUGUAGAUAACAACAUUGAUCCAAAUCGCACCAAAGUUUUCUUCAACAGCAUGUCCCCUCUUCAUAUCAAGAGUGAAGAUUGGAACAAUCCUAAUGGAAUAAAAUGCGCCAAGGAAACUACACCAAUUCUCAACAUGUCCACUACAUUACAAGUUGGAACUGAUCACCGUCUUUUCAUUAUUGCCAAAAACGCGGCAAAAUCUACCAAGGUGAAAGUGGAUUUCCUAAACAUUACUACCUUGUCUGAGUUCAGAAAAGAUGCACAUACAUCUGUUUACACGAUACGUCAAGGAAAAUUGUUGACUCCAGAAGAACAAGCUGAUCCUGCUACUUAUGCAGAUUGUAUUCAUUGGUGUUUACCAGGAUUACCUGAUACAUGGAAUGAGUUGCUUUAUGCAUGUAUCAUUUCUGUUUCUUGAACAACAAGCAAUGAUGUAUAGAUAUAUUUUGUUAGUUUUGUCUAUGGCAUACUUGUAGUUUUUUCCUUGGAAUUUUGUUAUAGCUUUCUAUUCUUGUUAGUUGAACUUGUAAACUGAGGAAUCAAUUGAAUUCAAUUGUACAGUGAAUGCAUAAUGCCUCAAAAAGAAAAUAGAUGAAUUCUUUGUUAA